AUGGUCAAGGGCUAUAACACUGAAGACAGCGAGAGACCUAGAAGUGGCACAGUGACCGAGCAAGCAGCGACAGCUGAAUCAAAGCCAGAAAUCUACCCCAGUUCCUCCUGCCUUCUGGGGUUCCCCUGUCAGCAGUUUCUCAGCCAGCACAUGAUUCAGAUCUUCCCAGACUACUGUGCAGACAACCACUUCCAUCCAGGGGAUUCCAACCCAUGGCAUCAGAAGCAGCCGGAGCAGCAGGAUUGGGAGCCAAGCUGCUGGAGUGAAAACACAGAAGGUCAAGAGACAGAAGAUGUCUCCAAACCCUCGUGUGGGAGUACAGGGGACAGAGAGCCCUGGAGGACACUCUCCGGCUCUGCCCAAAGUCAGUCAGCAAGCCCUAGAGGAGGCAGCACAGUGGGAGGACUAGAGCCCAGCUCAGCCCCAAGGGGGAACUCUGAGGAAUUAGCAACCUCAGGAUUUGGAGUAGUCAGCUAUGGAGAGGAUGGAUCAGACUGUGGGCUGAAACCAAACUUCUUUACAACCCAGAGGUCCCUCUUCUGGGAGAAGCCCUAUGUUUGUAGUGAGUGUAGGCGAGGCUUUAGCCACAAGUCAGAUUUCAUCAGACACCUGAGGAAACACUCAGGUGAGAUGCCUUAUGCACGUCUAACACAUAGGCGAGGCUUCAGACAGAAGUCAGACCUCAUCAGACAUCAGAAGAUACAUUCAGAUAAGAAGUCUUAUGUUUGCAGUGAAUGUGGCCGACGCUUUAACCGGAAAUCACGUCUCCUUAUACAUCAAAGGGCACACUCUGGGGAGAAACCAUAUGUGUGCAAGGAGUGUGGGCGAGGCUUUACUCAGAAUUCAGUUCUUCUCAUGCACCAGAGGACACACUCAGGGGAGAAGCCACAUGUGUGUAAGGAGUGUGGGCGAGGCUUUAACCGCAAGUCGAAUCUCCUCAGACACCAGAGCACACACUCAGGUGAGAAACCUUACGCACAUGUGUGUAAGCAGUGUGGGCGUGGCUUUACGUAUAAGCAAAGCCUUAUUAGACAUGAGUGGACUCACUCAGGGGAGAAGCCCUAUGUUUGCAACGAGUGUGGCCGAGGUUUUCGGGAUAAGUCAUCCUGUAUCAUACACCAGAGGACACACUCAGGGGAGAAGCCACAUGUAUGCAAGGAGUGUGGCCGAGGCUUUACGUAUAAGCAAAGUCUCAUUAGACAUCAGUGGGCUCACUCUGGGGAGAAGCCCUAUGUCUGCAGCAAGUGUGGCCGAGGCUUUAGACAGAAGUCGGACCUCAUCAGACACCAGAGGACACGCUCUGAUGAGAAAUCCUAUGUCUGCAGUGUGUGUAGCCGAGGCUUUACCCGAAAAUCAGUCCUUCUCAUGCACUGGCGGACACACUCAGGGGAGAAGCCACAUGUGUGCAAGGAUUGCGGGCGAGGAUUUAACCGCAAAUCAAAUCUCAUCAGACACCAGAGGAUACACUCAAGUGAGAAACCUUACGUAUGCUUGGAGUGUGGGCGAGGCUUUAACCGAGAAUCCAGCCUCCUCCUCCACCAGGGGACACACUCGGGGGAGAAGCCACAUGCGUGCAAGGAUUGCGGACGAGGUUUUAACCGCAAAUCAAAUCUCCUCAGACACCAGAGGACACACUCACAUGAGAAGCCUUACAAGUGUCUGGAGUGUGGACAAGGUUUUAACCGGGAAUCCAGCCUCCUAAUACACCAGAGGACACACUCAGGGGAGAGACCAUAUGUGUGCAAGGAGUGUGGGCGAGGCUUUAGCCAGAAGUCAGGCCUCGUCAGACACCAAAAGACACAUUCCAAUGAGAAGCCUUAUGUUUGCAGCGAGUGUGGCCAAGGUUUUACCCGAAGAGCAAUCCUCUUUCUGCACUGGAGGAUACACUCCUGGGAGAAGCCUUACAUAUGCCGUGAGUGUGGGCGAGGCUUUGACCGAGAAUCAAGCCUCCUUAUGCACCAGAGGACACACUCGGGGGAGAAGCCGCAUGUGUGCCAGGAGUGUGGCCGAGGUUUUAACCGAAAGUCAAAUCUCAUGAGACACCAGGGUAUGCACACAGGUGAGAAACCUUAUGUGUGCCUGGAGUGUGGCCGAGGCUUUAGCCAGAAGUCAGGCCUCCUCCUCCACUUGGGGACACACUCAGGGGAGAAGCCACAUGUGUGCAAGGAGUGUGGGCGAGGCUUUAGCUAUAAGCAAAGCCUCAUUAGACAUCAUUGGACACAUUCAAGAGAAGCCCAGUGUUUGCAGCGAGUGUGA